UUCGCCACAGUUAAGACUUUCACCACUGCAUGGCUUUAUUCUUAUGGUAUCUAUAUCUAUUUGGCUCUAUCUUCAAUGAUCUAUCAUAAACCGCUACAUGGUGGGUAAAGUAAUCGUCGCCACAUCCAUGAUUCCAAUUUCCGCCGCAGUUCUGAACAUCCAUCUUCCAUAACGGCUGCAGAAACUAUUCAUCGUGUGCUGACUCUGGGUUGACGAGACUUUGUGUCCUGUCAGAAAAUGUGGGAGUCUUGAGAUGAAACUGCGUGAAGUUCAGAUUCGAUGAAUAUUAUGUUGACUCUUUGGUCAAUUGAAAAAAAACAAUGGGGCCCCUACAUUAACAGCUUUCGAUGACAGUUAACACCAAAUACGUGGCGUUCGAUCAUUUCUUCUGAUGUUCCACCCAAACCGACGCAGGGGGUUUAUCCUUGCCGGCUGGGCACGGGACGCAGCUUUCGGAGUGGACGGACAGUGACGGAUGAUGAGUUUAGAGUCAUGAGGAUUGCGCACAAGACCGUCAGUGAUCACUGUCUGUUCAAACAGCCGUUUGAGAGCGCAGAGUCCCUGCACGGGCGGCAGACGGGGAAACGGACUCAGUCUUGAGUUGUUGAGAUUAUCUGCUUAGAAGGCUGAUACUCAUCGCAACUGAUGCUCGGUAGCGCAGUUUCAGCUCAAGAUUCCCACAUCAUCCGACCGGACACAUAGUCUCCAGGAGAGACAUCUCCGGAAUCGUUGCGCACAACUUUUACGCACAACCGGGGACCUUCCGAUGAACAUAUCUCGACGCGACGCAUGGUUAUUUCAAGCCGGAUUACACUGCAAUUUGUAUUCUCACAGGUGUGAUUAUGUCGAAUGUGCGAAAUGCAAAAAUGGUUGAAACGAUCCCCUUCAUACUCUGCUGAAACAAGACCGAACGUCGCGGACACUGGGAACUUGCCUGGAAUCAGCGAGCCUUGCCGGGUGCCAAAAUGAGCCUUUACUGCCAGAGCUGGAGCAUCUUACAGAUAGUCUUUGCAACAAUUACAGCAGUUCUCACACAAGAUUUGAGCAGUAAAGAGCUGACCGACAGGAAGAGCCCAGUGCCUUUCCCGGUCUUCUUGCCAGUAAACUACGACGUGCGAGAUGCUGAAUACCUCUGUCUGAAGGAGGCUGGCCAGGACUUCAUGAGGAACUCCAGUAUGCAGAGUCACACGCAGCCCUUUGUUAUAUUAAGAGCCAGCCGCCAGCCAGCUGUCAACGCCAGUUAUGGCACUAUGUCCACAGAGCAGAUCGUGCCUCUAGAUCUGGUCCAGUCUGUGCAGCUCUUCAACACCCUGGAGGUCUUCACCUUUAACUGGAAAAUCCAAGCCUUCGUGCUAACACCACGGGUUUUCUCCUCCAAGCCCAAAGUGCGGGUGCUCUUCUAUGUUGCAGGGAGGGACUGGGGCAGGGGAGAAGGAGCUGUGGAUGAGCUACCGUGUGUGACAGUGUAUGCUUUCUGGCAGACCCAGGAGGUGAGGGCUUCCUGUGCCAUGGGAGGCGAGAGGGGUACCUGCGUUGCCGAGCUGGCUCCUGCGCCAGGCUGGUUUGCUCCAGGGUCAGAGGGCACCAGCAGGGAGAGGCAGGGCCCAUCUGCAGGGAACCCUGUGGAGCUGUACUACCAGGCUCAGCCUAAAGUCAGAGGGAAAUGUAUCUCUGUGGAUGGAAGUCGUUGGAGUGGCUCACAGCAGCAGGCCGAGUAUGUUCCUGUCACUCCCAUGCAGAGGAUUGACAGCGUACGUCUUCUGCAGGUCCCUAAAGGAAUGGCAACCCUUUCUCGACUCAAGCUUGGCAAUGCCAUUGUCAUACGGACAUCCUCCAAACCUCUGAAGAAGACUGACAUUGCCACGUUCUACAUUCUCAUGGCCAGCUCUGCUCAGCUGUCUAACUUCACACUCAGCGCGACAGUUAAGAAAGGUGUGACCUUUCGAACAGCGACACCCAGUAACUCUUUACUGUGGGACAUCACUCUGGACAUGGGUGCAGAUGGAACCAUCGCUGUUAUUUGUCAGAGGAAGGCUCCCAUACCUGGAAAACGGCUUGAAAGCAGCCUGCUGGAGGUGCUUCAGAUGGAUUUUGAGGUUGAAGAGCUGAGCAGCCCUCUGGAUAGUCAGGUGAUCAUAUGGAAACUGGAGCUACCGUCCGCAUCCAAAAAUGUAACCAAGACUGAAGGCGCCAUGAGAAUCUACACCACUCAGAGAGACUUUGUUGGCUUGGCUCCUCUCGUAAUGGACACAGAGAUCCUGAACACAGCCGUGCUGACCGGGAAGAAGGUGGUGAUGCCUGUGAGGAUAGUGGCUGUGGAGGAAGAUGGAGUAGUCACAGAUGUAUCAGACUACACAGACUGUAGCUCCGCUGAUGAAAAUGUUCUCAAGGUGUCAGACAGGUGCGACUAUGUUUUUGUGAAUGGCAAAGAGACAAAUGGCAAAGUGAAGAUGAUGGUGAACUUUACCUACAGCUACCUGAGCGCUCAGCUGGAACUGAACGUGUGGAUGCCACAACUACCACUCCUGAUUGAAGUGUCAGACACAGAGCUCAGCCAGAUCAAAAGCUGGAGGGUUCCCAUACUGACCUCUAAAAGACCUGGCCGGAACAGUGAAGAAGAUGACAGGAAGGGGAAGGGAUGCAUGCUGCAGUUUCAGCACGCGCUGGUGCGGGUACUAACUAACUUCGUGGCAGAGCAGGCAGACCCUCGGGACCCUAAGGCCUAUUUCCUGGGCUCUGAUUGGCAGGUGGACGUCACAAGGCUGGUUCGAUACUUCAUGAAGGUGGAGGACCCUCGUGUAGCAAAGCUGCAGGCAGGAAGAGUACUGUCGGGACGGGACCUUGGGACCACCACUAUACAGGUGUUUUCUCCACUGUCUGAUGCAAUUUUGGCAAAGACAACUAUCAAAGUUGUGGAUGACAAAGUGACCAUCACAGAAUUGGGAGUCCAGCUGGUUGCAGGCCUCUCCAUGACUUUACAGCUCAGUCCAGGAAGCAACAGGGCCAUCUUGGCUACCACGACCACACAAGAGGUUCUACAGAGCCCCAAACAGGAAGCGUUGGUCAGUGCCUGGGUGCAGUUCAGUGAUGGCAGCCAGACACCUCUUGAUAUCUAUGAACCAGCUUACUACAGAAUGACGGUGACAUCUCUAGAUGAAGGGGUGGUGUCGGUGCAGGGCAUGCCUCCAGCUGUGGUGGCAGAGGGAGAGGGCGAGGGAGUCCUGGUCAGACUAGAGAUGUCCAUCUGUGAGGCUUGCCAGAAGUCUAAACGCAAAAGCACUGUAGCUGUGGGCAACGGAAGUCUCAAGAUCAAGUUCCAAGUGAAUAGUGGACGGCCAAACAAUGGCAAUACAAGCAGCUUUGACAGUAGCACUGUCAGCAGAAAAGACAAUGGCAGUGACUAUGGGAAUGAUGGGGAAGAGGUGGACAGUGAGAGGAAGCAGAGGAAGCAAUCUCCACGAGGCAGCUCAACCUUAGAGAGAGAGGAGAGCAUCAUGCAAAAGAUCACAACCACCAUUAAAUCUAUAGAACGAACCUUCAUAUCCAGUGGCAGCCUUGGAGGAGCGGGGAAGACCAUCAAUUCAAGAAACCCCAGCAGUCCUGCCACUGUGGUUAAUGUCAGCAUGAUGAGCAGCCCCAGCGACAGCAGCAAAGGAUAUGGCUCAGAUAACAUGAUAGUGGAGGAUAUGAGCAGUGUUGGCUUUACUAGCACUGUGAAAGCCCCUGGGAACCUGGUAAACUACAACAAUUUGCCCACCAAGGUGGAAGAACCUCGGCAGGAGACAGCGGAGGUAGAAAUUGGUGGUGAAGAAAAGUUAGCCAACAGGCCUCUCACAGACUUAGAGAUUGGCAUGUAUGCUCUCUUGGGUGUCUUUUGCCUUGCUAUCUUGGUGUUCCUGGUAAACUGUAUCUCACAUGUUGUCAAGUUCAGGCACAAGAAGCCUCCCUCUCAUGGCCAUGAGCCCACAGGGCACAGGCAUGACUGGGUAUGGCUCGGCACAGACGCUGAGCUUGUGAUGAGCGUGCCAGGCAGCCCUGUGCAGCAGGACUCCCAGACUACAACCACCGUGAUAGACAUUGGGCCUGAUAAGACCCACUCUCUGUCCAGGAGGCCCAGUUGCUUGACCUCUGUUACAGACUCUCCACUCGGUUGCGUGGGCUCCCUCAGGAGUAAACCUAUGCACCCCGAGUCCCUCCACUCGCCCACCAGCAAAAGAAAGAGAGUCCAGUUCACCACCUUCUCCACACUGGACCGCCAGCAUUCGCCACAACUCCCGCCCAGGGAGAAUGGCCAUGGCAUCCACUGGGUUGGAAAAGAGAACAGUUGUGAGGAAGAACCCCAAGUGCCCAUCACAGAGCCUGGGGACCAUUUAUAAUACAGAACCUGAUCAGACCUCACAUGUACAGUAGAUGUGGCUUUGAUCACCUCAAUGCCU